GAGACAGUUUUACAAACAGUGCCUGAGAAAUGGCUUGUCUGACAUGCAGGGUGCAGUAUUUGAACGAUAUCGAUCCAUUCACGGCCACUACUAACUUUCCAGAGCCCGCAAGACCGCCCCAUUACUCGUUUAAUGUAAAUAUCCCCCUCAUUAAUCAGAUUACUGCAGUCCAUCGGAUAUUACAAGCCCCACAUAAGCUAGAUGACUGUACCCUGCAGAUUUAUAAAUACAACAGCUCCGAGGGAGAUUAUGGAAACUACUUGGAUUUAGAAUCGACCAUAGACGAACAGACCGAAGAAUUUGAGGGAUUUUCAGACAAUCGGAAGAAUGCUAUCAUCCUGAGAACUCAGCUUUCGGUUCGUGUUCACGCUAUAAUUGAAAAGCUAUUGAACAGUACGGGACGAGAACUUAGAAGGGCAUUGUUUUCACUAAAACAGAUUUUUCAGGAUGAUAAAGACCUGGUACAUGAAUUUGUGCAGAAUGAUGGUUUGGCUUGUCUUAUUAAAGUAGGGUCUGAAGCAGAUCAGAAUUAUCAAAAUUAUAUUCUACGAGCUUUGGGCCAAGUGAUGCUAUAUGUAGAUGGCAUGAAUGGAGUUAUUGAACACAGUGAAACAAUUCAAUGGCUAUAUUCACUUAUCAGCUCCAAGUAUCGUCUUGUGGUGAAGACUGCUUUGAAAUUACUAUUAGUUUUUGUUGAGUACACAGAGGUGAACAGUCAACUCCUUCUAAAUGCUGUUUCUACAGUGGAUAGGGAAAAAAACACCAAAGCUUGGUCGAACAUAAUAAGUUUACUGAAUGAAAGAGACUCGGCCGACAUGGAGCUUCUAGUUUUUGCUGUGACACUUAUUAAUAAGGCUGUCCUAAGACACGAAGAUGGAGAGUAUGAUGGUAAAACAUUGCCUGUUGAUCAACGAUUGAUCAGAUUCUCAGGUACUUUUGAUGCACAUUUUAAUAUUUUAUACGUAGUAAUUUUUACAAGUUUAUUUCAUUUAACCUUUUUUUUUCACAGACAAGUCCCACGUAGCAGAAAGUCUUAUCCUGAUGACAAUGAUCGAAGGAAAAGCCGAAGACAUUCUAUUGGCAACCACUUAUCUCCUCCUCAGUACAAACUCCAAAGUCCUUCUAUCCCCCAAACUCCUGAGGAACCAUUCAACCAAUGGCGAAGAAACAGAGAGCAAAACGAGAACAAGGAGUCAAUGAUGAAAUCUGAAUCAAACUUGGGAACACUACAGCUAAGUGAUACACUUUGUCAUAAUGAAUUAGACAUAAAUGGAAUAACUCCUGCACUCAAAAAACGAAGAGAACGAGAUGCCCGCAAUCGGACCCUUAUCAAAGAACAAGAAGAAAAUGGCAAAGGAGUCAUUUAUCAACGAACAGAUAGUAUGUCUUCAGUAGGGAGUAUAGACUCUGUUGGAAGCCGGGAUAAUUCCAGUGUCAUUUCCACUGCUAAGCCUGAAAAAUGUUCCUUAGUAGAACGUCAAAAGUAUCGCUUUGAGAAUCGAAUAGCAGAUGAAAAUCUAAAGAAUCAUCAGCUAUCGCAAAUUAACUCUAAGGAAGAACCAAGGCCAAAGCAAGAAGAAACCAAGACUCUUUCUCAGCUAGUAAAACAAAACAGCUGCACUGAUGUUGCUCAAGAGAAACAUGGGUCUGCUCCUUACACAAGGAGUGAUACGAAUAAGAAGUCAUGGAUGCUUUCAAUGAUGUAUGGAAAAAGUCAGGAGGAGGAAAAUAAACCAGUCACUCAACAAAUUUCUUCCCCCACCUCUCCUAUCAAUGAAGCUAUUCAUCCUCUGUCUUUCGUGAGGAAAGAGGAAGGACUUGUGAGGCCACAGUUAAUCAAGGAAGGAAAUGUGCAUGAUAUGCAAGAAAAAUUCAAAGAAAGACAAGAUACUAAUGUUCGUUCUCCCGUGUCUGAAAAUUUCUCUAGACUUGGUGAUUCGAGUGGCAUCAUUAGCAGGGCAAAAGAAGGUCUUGCUGCUAGUACUCGCUCAGAGAGUCGACUUACUCCCACAAGUCCUCAGAAAAAUUGUUCUUCAAUUUUGGAACCUCGAAAGUCAGAGAGUGGAAUUCAGUGGGAUCAAUUAGUCAAGACAAUCAAUAGGCCGCUUUUAAUCAAUGAUUUAGAUUUUACAGAUCUGAAGGAUGAAGAUGAAGUUGACAUUUUAAAAAAUACCAUAAUCUUACCUAUAGAUGGUGAACCACCUCCACCGCCUCCUCCUGGCAGUGGCUUUGUACCUCCACCUCCAUUAGGUACAGUUUCACCCUCACAACCUAACUGCCGUCCUCCUCCACCACCACCUUCAACUGUCACUGGCUUUCCACAAUAUUCAACGCUAAGAACUCAACAUAAUUCUCAGGCACCUCCACCCCCACCGUGGUCUAGACAAGCACAACAACAAAGACAACAGCUACAAAAACAAGAACAACAAAAGACUAUUUCUAAAAAUAAAAAAACAGUCAAGCUUUUCUGGAAAGAAGUAAAAACUGAUCCUGUGUUAGCCAAUAAACUUUUAAGUAAAAAGACAAUAUGGGAUGAAAUUAGGCCUACAGCAGUAGAUGUACAGAAACUAGAACAUCUUUUUGAAAGCAGAGCAAAAGAGAUAGUUAACUGGGUAAGAAAUUGUUUCGUGUGCUAUAAAAAAUACUAUGUCAUUGAAUACCUAUUAUUCUGA